AUGAAUUUAAUAACAAUAUUAAAUUACUAGAAAUAACUAUAAAAAUACAAUCAAGAAAGAAAUAAAAAAAAACUUAAAAAUUAAAAGUAACAAAUAAAAUGUAAUAACUAAAUAGAUAUAAAUUUAUAAAAUAUAGAUUUAUAUAAAUAUCAAAUUUCAUAGAAAAUUGAAGAGCACAAAUUAUUGGAAAUUCCCCCAAAUAAUUUACAAUCAUAAUAAAUUUUUUAUGUGUCAACUUCAACUCAAACAGAUUAUAUAGAGGAUAAUGAAGAUGAAAUUCCUGAAAUCGAAAUUCGUAAAUUAAAACAUUCAUACGAAAAAUUAUUAAAAUUAGAAGAAUUAAAAAAAAAAUAUAAGGAUUGUAUUGAAAUAAAUUAAAUUGAUGCAAUUGAAUAAAUAAAAUAAUCAGAAUUUGAAAUAAAAAGAUUAAUGCAUGAAUUAGAUUAAUUACCAUAAAUAGAUUACAGAUAAGAUUUGAAACAAUAAUAAUAAGAGUUAAAAACUUUAAAAAAUCAAUAUUCAGCAUUAUAAAAAGAACAUGAAGAGCUUUAAUAAAGGAACACAAUGUUGUUAUAAAACCUUAAAGAAAAAUUACAUCAAAAAAAUCAUUGA